CCAGAGAAUGUGAGCGAUUGGGGUAAAGUGGUGCUGGCGUAUGAACCUGUGUGGGCCAUUGGGACAGGCAAGACAGCCUCACCUGAACAGGCUCAGGAGGUCCAUGAGAAGUUGAGGGCGUGGCUCAGAUCCAACGUGUCAGACGACGUGGCCGACUCUGUGCGCAUCAUCUACGGAGGUUCAGUAACGGCAGGUAACUGCAUAGAGCUGGCGUCACAGAACGACGUGGACGGCUUCCUGGUGGGUGGAGCCUCUCUGAAACCAGAGUUUAUUGAAAUCAUCAAUGCACGUGCUUAACGGACGCAGCUUUGGCUCCAUCAGCCAGCCCUUCAGAUUGACAACAUGUCUCUGUAAACUGGGCUGAAUGAUCAGCAGGUCCGAAAAUAAAGUUUUAUUUUGCUAAAUAUAUGUUAUGAAAGAGGUAUAGAAUUAAUUUAAAGUAAAUAUCUUUAUAUUUUGUGGUCCUUGGUUGUCAUAUGUUGUAUUUUCCUCUUUAAUGUAUUGCCCCGGAGUAUUUUGAUGUUCUCAAUUGUGUCUUAAACUCUGUUUAAAUGUUGUAUUAACGAUGCACUCUCACCCAUAUGCACUAACUGUUACUUCAGGGCCCUUGACAAUAAAAGCUUUUCACAGACUGUACUGUUUAUAUAUCUAUAUACUAUAUAGAUAUAUAAUAUAAACCUGAAAAUCGAGUACUCAGCUUUGAGUAGUCAAGACUUUUAUUGUGAAGUUGUUACCAAUAGGCACAAAAGAUUGAUGUAGUAAUCACUGCACAGUGCUGUUGUAUGUUUAACCCUUUGUGUUCCGUGUUUAUCAUAGGAACAGGAAUAAUAAAUUAAUAAAAUGUGAAACACGAACAUAUGUUACCUUGUUUUGCAUUGUUUGCUCUGCUUAUUAUGCUUUCUGGAGUUUUCCUUUUCCUGUAGUUAGUGUAGGUUUUUGUGCAUGUUAAUGGUCUGGAAAAAAAUAAAGACCUUUUUGAACAUUAAAGCAUGUAAACAUGUCGCAGUAGGGGCAAAAAAUACUAAUAUGAACCUGAACAUUUGCCUCUUUAAGAAAUUGUGUGCAUUCUGUUCAAAUAAAUAAAGGAAGGUUCAUGUGA